CAGUACUUUGUGGUUUUUGUUUAAUACAGUUAAAAUAUACGUGUUGUAGGUGAGUGCUGAAGCACGUGAACAGCAGACGCCAUUACAUAUUGCUUCUCGUUUGGGAAACACCGAUAUCGUUGUGCUGCUACUGCAGGCCGGUGCAUCACCUAAUGCUUGUACGCAGGAUCUCUACACUCCACUUCACGUCGCCGCCAAAGAAGGACAAGAAGAAGUAGCAGCAAUUUUACUCGAUCACGGGGCGCAUAAAACGCUGCAAACCAAGAAGGGAUUUGCGCCGAUUCACUUAGCAGCCAAAUAUGGCAAUUUAAAGGUUGCACGGUUGCUUCUGGAGCGUGGCACACCAGUGGAUAUUGAGGGAAGGAAUCAGGUGACGCCACUACAUGUUGCUGCACAUUACAACAACGAAAAUGUAGCGUUGCUGCUUCUGGAGAAUGGCGCAUCUGUGCAGGCGACCGCCAAAAAUGGUUACACUCCGCUGCAUAUAGCGGCUAAAAAGAACGAGAUGGAUAUCGCGAGCACCGUUCUCCAUUAUAAGGGCGAUACAAAUGCUGAGAGUAAGGCAGGCUUUACACCGCUUCACAUUGCUGCACAGGAGGGACAUCGCGAAAUGGCGGCACUGCUCAUCGAAAAUGGAGCCAAGGUCAAUGCAAAAGCGAAGAACGGCUUAACACCAAUGCAUCUGUGUGCGCAGGAGGAUCGUGUAAAUGUUGCGGAGGAGCUGGUGAGGGAGAAUGCAGCGAUUGAUCCGAGGACAAAUGCCGGAUAUACGCCUUUGCAUGUUGCCUGCCAUUUCGGACAGCUGAAAAUGGUUCGUUUUCUGAUCGAACAUGGCGCUCCUGUCUCAGCAACGACCCUCGCAUCCUAUACGCCGCUUCAUCAGGCUGCUCAGCAAGGUCAUAACAACGUUAAGAGAGCAUUCAGCAUUGCUUAUACAAUCAAACACUUGAAAAAUGUGGUGCUUCAGACAGGACAAACUCCGCUGUCGAUUGCUGAACGUUUGGGCUAUGUGUCUGUGGUUGAAGCACUGAAGACAGUCACUGAAACAACAGUGAUUACAGAAACCACAACUGUUACCGAGGAGCGAUUCAGGCCUCAAAACCCUGAAGCUAUGAACGAAACAAUGUUCUCUGACUCCGAGGAUGAAGGUAUACUUUUUGAAGGAGACGAAUAA